AUGUCUGCAGAGCCUGAGCGCGUCGAGUCCAAGCCGAAGAGCAAGGUCAACCUCAAUGAUGCCUCUGGCGCCGAGCACAAAGAAGUUGAUGAUACACAAACAGCCAUAUUGAAAAAGAAGAAGAAGCCAAAUGCACUGAUCGUAACCGAUGCUGUCAACGAUGACAACUCUAUUAUUGCGCUGUCAAAUAAUACCAUGGAGACGCUGCAGCUAUUCCGCGGUGAUACAGUCUUGGUGAAGGGCAAAAAGAGAAAAGAUACAGUCUUAAUUGUGCUGGCGGACGAUGACUUGGAUGAUGGCAGCGCACGUAUAAAUCGUGUUGUGAGACAUAAUCUCCGAGUCAAGCAUGGCGAUAUCGUUACUGUCAAUCCUUGCCCAGAUAUCAAAUAUGCCAAACGCAUUGCAGUCCUCCCAAUAGCCGAUACUGUGGAAGGCCUCACUGGCUCACUGUUCGACGUUUUCCUUGCACCAUACUUCCGCGAAGCAUACCGACCUGUCCGAAUGAACGACCUCUUCACAAUUCGUGGUGGUAUGAGGCAGGUAGAAUUCAAAGUGGUGGAAGUCGACCCUCCAGAGUUCGGCAUCGUCGCACAAGAUACUGUCAUUCACUGCGAGGGCGAGCCGAUACAGCGAGAAGAUGAAGAGGGCAAUCUCAAUGAAGUUGGCUACGAUGACAUUGGUGGCUGCCGAAAACAAAUGGCACAAGUCCGAGAAUUGGUAGAACUGCCACUUCGGCAUCCUCAGCUUUUCAAGUCUAUUGGUAUCAAGCCACCCCGCGGUAUUCUCAUGUUCGGACCACCAGGUACUGGCAAGACACUCAUGGCUCGUGCUGUAGCCAAUGAGACUGGUGCCUUCUUCUUCCUCAUCAAUGGUCCUGAAAUUAUGUCUAAGAUGGCCGGUGAAUCAGAGUCGAAUCUACGAAAGGCUUUUGAAGAGGCGGAGAAAAACUCCCCAGCCAUCAUCUUCAUUGACGAAAUUGAUGCCAUCGCUCCUAAGCGUGAGAAGACGAACGGCGAAGUCGAGCGACGUGUUGUCUCUCAACUACUCACUCUCAUGGAUGGCAUGAAGGCUCGCUCCAACGUAGUCGUCAUGGCUGCCACUAAUCGACCUAACUCAAUUGACCCUGCUCUCCGUCGCUAUGGCCGUUUCGACCGUGAAGUCGAUAUUGGUAUCCCUGAUCCCACUGGCCGUCUUGAGAUUCUACAAAUUCACACCAAGAACAUGAAGCUAGGCGGUGAUGUAGAUCUGGAGAGUAUCGCCGCUGAGACUCAUGGAUAUGUUGGAUCCGACGUUGCUUCUCUUUGCUCCGAAGCUGCAAUGCAGCAGAUUCGUGAAAAGAUGGAUCUGAUCGAUCUUGACGAAGACACCAUUGAUGCCGAAGUGCUCGACUCGUUGGGUGUCACUAUGGAGAACUUCCGCUUCGCCCUCGGUGUUUCAAAUCCAUCGGCCCUUCGCGAAGUUGCCGUUGUUGAGACUCCCAACGUCCGCUGGGACGAUAUUGGUGGCUUGGAGACCGUCAAGCGAGAACUCAUCGAGAGCGUUCAGUACCCAGUCGACCAUCCGGAAAUGUUUCUCAAAUUCGGUCUCUCUCCUUCUCGUGGUGUUCUCUUCUACGGUCCUCCCGGUACUGGUAAGACCAUGCUUGCCAAGGCUGUUGCAAAUGAGUGUGCAGCCAACUUCAUCUCUAUUAAGGGCCCCGAAUUACUCAGUAUGUGGUUCGGUGAGUCUGAGAGCAACAUUCGUGAUAUCUUCGACAAAGCUAGAGCGGCUGCACCUUGUGUCGUUUUCCUCGAUGAAUUGGAUUCCAUUGCCAAGUCACGAGGAGGAUCACAAGGUGAUGCAGGUGGUGCAUCUGACCGUGUCGUCAAUCAACUCUUGACCGAAAUGGAUGGCAUGACUUCAAAGAAGAACGUCUUCGUCAUUGGCGCCACCAACCGACCCGAACAACUUGAUAACGCCCUUUGCCGUCCUGGUCGUCUCGACACACUAGUAUACGUUCCACUGCCGGACGAAGAAUCUCGACGGGGCAUUCUCAGCGCCCAGCUUCGCAAGACACCAGUUGCUGAUGACGUUGACAUCAACUUCAUUGCAUCUAAGACGCACGGCUUCUCUGGUGCCGAUCUUGGCUUCGUUACUCAACGUGCUGUCAAACUAGCUAUCAAGCAAGCUAUCGGUAUCGAUAUUGAACGCACCAAGGAGCGUGAAGCUGCUGGUGAGGACGUGAAAAUGGAGGAGGACGACGUUGAGGCCGACGAUCCCGUGCCCGAACUCACGCGUGCCCAUUUCGAAGAAGCCAUGCAAUCUGCUAGGCGAUCAGUCAGCGAUGUUGAGAUUCGGCGGUACGAGGCUUUCGCUCAGCAAAUGAAGAAUAGCAGUGGUAGCAACUUUUUCCGCUUCCCCGAGGCAGGCGAGGCUGCAGAGGGUGAGGCAAACGGCAAUGGAUUCGGUGACGCAGGAAAUGACGACAGUCUGUAUGACUAG